UCCUCUCCUCCAUCGUGUAAAAAAACCCUAAUUCCAUCCCCAACUCUCCUCUGUUUCCAACUAAUUCAUAACCCAUGAUCAGAUUGGAUGUGAUUGGAGCAGUUCAAUUAUCCAUGUAGAGAACUACUCGCCACCGGGUUGUUUUAGAUUUGAACGGUCGGAAAUGGAAGCUAACAUUUGUGACAUCAAUCACUUAGAUGCUGAUGCACUUCUGCCUCCACGUAAGCGACUGCUUGCAGGAUUCAAGAAGCAAAGUUCCAAUAGUAACGGUGUCCCAGAACAACCUACUGUUGCUACACCAUCUACAGAUUCUCCAGCAUCACCUACGCCUUCUACUUGUUCUUCUUCAAGUGAUUAUAACACCCACCUUAAUAAAUUAUUGACUUCCCAUGUGCAUGACACAAAUCUUUCUCCUGAGGAGAUUUUGGAGGCCUCAAGGUCAGCAGCGAUUGCUGCUGCUAAGGUUGCUGAGGCUGCCAGAGCUGCUGCAGAGGAGAAGGCUGCAAUUGCAGCAAAAGCAUGGGCUGCAGCUAAGAGUGCUUUGGACUUGGUAGCAUCAUUUUCUGAAGAGACGGCAAGCAGGGACAGACACCUAAAAAAGAACAAGCUGAAGAAGCAUGUUCCAGUUCAACUCUUGUACAAGAAGCACCGUCCCAUUGAGAAUCAUAGGACAGAUGAAGACUUGGCCCGUAGGUUGCAUCGAGUUAUGAACAGCUCUCCAAGAAUUUCGAGGAAUUCAUCAAGUUCUGAAUGGAAGGGGCAUAAACAUAAAAGGCCAAAGAGUUUGCCUACUCACGAUAAAGCAAAAGUUUCCAAUGGGAGCUUGGUUUUGAGAAGGAGCCCACCAUCCACUAGCAAUGGCUAUGCUGUGGCAGGUGUUAUUGACUCUGAUGACUCCACUCCAGAGGUUUCUGUUAAAGAAGAUGCAAACGAAGCCAAAUAUGAUACAACUGGACAACCAGAGUUAGGUAAUGGAGAAGCAGAAUCGAGUUAUUCAAAGGAAAAACCUUGUGAAGAUACACAUUCCCCAGGUAAAAAGAGGGGAAGGGUGAAGCUGAAAAAAUUGCCCUUAAGCAUUUGUUCGUAUAGGGAUCAAGUGAAUCCCAAGGAAGAUAUGACUACCAAAACCUCUCCGUUGACAGAUAAGAAUGUGGGCAAUCCUGCUUCUGGUAGUAAACCCAUGUUUUCUCUGGAGCCAUCUGCUGAUGGAGUUAUUUCAAUGGAGGCACCACCAAUGUGGAAAUGCCAGGAGUUUAAGGCCCCUGCAUGUAUCAAACAAAACAAAGUCAUGCAAUGAUAAUGUUCCACUGCCACUCUUGUGACAGAUGGCUUCAAAGAUAGAAGUUGAUAGUUGAGGUAGGAUUCAAGAAGCUCAUUUAUAGGAUCGUCUUUAUUUCAUUUAUCUUUUUGCUCAUCCUUGGGUUUGUGGAGUUGGCUGGCUGUAUAUUUAAAUGUUGAGUUGCUCGCAUCUACAGUUUACAUUUCAAACAUUGGCGAUGCACAAAAUAACAGCAGUAUUUGAAGCUGUGAUAGGAGAGGAGAGUUAUGCAAUAAAUCAGAUAGCUGCUAGUUGAUUUUCCUUUUUUUUGUUCCCCUUUUUUUGGCAUUUUCAUCCCGCUUUGGGGAUGAUGAUAGGUGUAUAGUUUCUUAUUAUGUACUCUUUAUCUUUGAAAUUCAUGUUGUAUCAGACUUUUGAACGGCUUUCAUUGCUGCUGUUUUAAGUAUGUUAUUAAUGGAAGGAGCAGUUUUCAUAAUGUUAUGAGUUUAAUGAAGGAGAUUCAUUAAG